AUGUCAAAUAAUUUAUCUAAUGUUAAUUUAACGCAAGAAGUCUUGUCGUUUCGCAACGAAACAUUUUAUAAUUUAGUCGAACAACAAUGUGGUAGUGUUGCUCUUGAAAUUAUGCAAGUACAGGACAUAUCAUCCGUCGAUCGUCUUCUUGAAACUGGGGAUAUUUUUGCUGUCCUACAACUUGAUUCAGACGAACUUAUUCCAAUCAAAAUGAAAGCAGGCAUUUUUCUCAAUGAUGGUGGUUUUGUUUUGAAAAAAGGAUUGGUGUACAAAGUUGAAACUUUCUUUAACACUCUUAAUAUUCUUAACCAACAACACUUGAAAUCUGCUGCUCCAAAAAAUUCAAAUAACUCUUCUGAUUUAAUUGUACCUGAAUGUCUUCUGCAAAAAUUUCCAUUUAUUAAAACACUCAUCAUCUAUUCAAACCUUAUUAUCAAGAGCAAAUAUGAUUUUACACUCUUAAAUAUUAUAUUAAAUAAUAUGUUUAGAAAUUGCAUAACCGAAGAAAAAGGUUUUCGUUAUGAAGCUAUUGUACGACAAUUUGCAACUAGUUUAUACAUACUUGGAGGUCGUACUUCAUAUGAAUUUAUUCGUUUAAAUAUUCCAGCAUUUCUUCCAAGUGUUCAAAUUAUUCAAUCAUUUAUCGCUGCUUCAGAUAAUCACCUAACUGAAGGACUAUUUAAUUUUGAAGGCGCGUGUAAUUAUUUCAAUUCUAUUCAACCAACAUUAGGUUUUAUUGCAGAAGAUACUACAGCAGUCGUUCCUAAAGUUACCUAUGAUGCGACAUCAAACACGUUUAUCUGUUUUAGUCUUCCACUAGAUAAUAAUGAACUGCUAAUCAUUAACUCUUAUAAAACAGACUCGUUUACUUACCUUGAAGAAUGGUAUUAUAAUAUACCGACAGCAAAAUCACUUAAUGCCUUUCUCAUUCAAUCUCUUUCUGUCUCAUCUAGUAACAAGUCGCCGUAUGUUCUAGUAGCUUAUGGCACAGAUAAUAAAUUCAUAUCAUCAGAUGUUAUUCCUCGUUGGCAUCAUAUUUAUCAACAAUGUAAAGCUAAAGGAAUUCACAUUGUUGGUUUUUCAACUGAUUGUGAUAGUCGUUAUUUACAUGCUAUGCGAGUAUCUCUUGGCUUUUUUGCUGAAUUUGUUUAUGAUGAUCAUCCAGAUUUAUUUUCUAUUGAUCUUCCAAAUAGUUGGUCGUGAAAAUUACCGAACACUUCAAAUCCAACAAGUACAAUUAGUCUUUCUAAAAUAGCUAUUGAAAAUAGUGUACGAACAUCAUACAAUCAUGUAACUAAACUUUUUAACCAAUUGAAAAUGAAAGAAAUCUUAAAAAAUGGACACGUAAUAUCGAUCGAAGAAAUGAGUGGCGUUAUUUCACGAAAAUUAGAAGAAUUUUGGUCGACAGAAAAUAUUAUCAUAAACAGCCAGAGUGCAAGUUUAAAUUUUGAAUCAGACGAUGGAACAAAUUUUGAUGAACAUGAAAAUUUUACAAAUAAUUAUGAUACUGAUGAAGAGUUCGAAUUAAAUGAUAAUUUCGACGUGUUAAAUAAUGCGAAUAUUUCGACGAAUCGUGGACUGCGAUUAUUUGACAAUAGUAUUUUACGUGCCCUUGAUACGAUUAGUCCACCUGUGAGUUUAGAACAUUCAGAAAAUCGAGAGCGUGCUACAUAUAUAUUAACAACAGCACAUCAAUUAGAUUUCGAUUAUCCACCAGAGUUUUUUGAUGAUGUGGAAACACUAUGGCGUGAUGGUGGUGUACAAGAAUGUUUUCAAAGAUCAAAUGAGUAUCAACUGAUCGACUCCGCUAAAUAUUUUCUUGAUCGUGUUAAUGAAAUCAAAAGGCCAAAAUACAUGCCCAGUGAUCAAGAUAUUCUUCGUUGUCGUGUUCUUACAUCAGGUAUUUAUGAAACAAUUUUUACUGUUGACCGUGUGUGCUUCCAUAUGUUUGAUGUUGGUGGACAACGUGUAGAACGUCGAAAAUGGAUUCAAUGCUUAAAUGAUGUUACAGCAAUAAUAUUUGUUACAGCAUGUAGUGGUUUUAAUUUGGUACUUAUUGAAGAUGAAAAGCAAAAUCAACUGAGAGAAUCACUUGAAUUAUUUAAAAAGAUUUGGAAUAAUCGAUGGUUAAAAACAAUUUCGGUUAUAUUAUUUCUUAAUAAACAAGAUCUUCUAGCAGAAAAAAUCAAAGCUGGUCGUCGACUUGAAGAAUAUUUUCCUGAAUUUGAACAUUAUGCUGUUUCACAUGUUGAAUUAGGUGAAUAG